CAUGCAACUCUUCAACGGCAGGAAAGGUCUUUAGAAUCAGGGUUCCAUGAGGUCAGCGCGCAUCUUGUGGGCCUCCACGAUUUCCUCCCCACUUCACAUUGCAGCACAACAUGGGACAACCAGAUCAAGGAAGGAUGAGGUCUCUUGUGUCUAGCUCUAGGUUACAUUGUAGGUGGAGCUUGGCUCUUGAACUUGAUAGGAAGCCUCAUUCCUGUCUUAAGAGUCCCAACAUUUCCACAGGAAAAGUAUUACUCUAACGCUUUUAUUUCUCUUUUUUCCUUUCUCUUGGGUGAAAGUCUUUGCAAUCUUGGAUACUGAGUAUGGCUCACCAAUCUCCCCCUUUUGGUUGGGACGCCAAGAAAAUGGAGUGAACACCAGAGAACUAGUAAUUGAAGGUGUGGAAAUGGUUUCUGUUAUUCCAGCUCUAGGAGGUAUCUUUGAGCCGCUGUUAGGCUGCAGGUGUGCAAGAGAAAAGUCCUCCUUCAUCCCUUCUUCAAGAUAUGCAAGUGUCAGCGUCUAUCCACCUGGAAGCGUCUGCAAAAGGAUGGAAAUAAUAAUCAUGCUCAAGAAUGGAACCAAAGUAUGCGUUGAUCCCAAAGCUAACUGGGUGCAGCAUUUAGUGGAGAUAAUCAGAAGCAUGAAGAAAGCAGCCUCUUCCUCUUGAAACAAACCAAAGUCUGGAAUGGCCUUGGAAGACAAAGGAUGGAUGAUGCACAAGCCCCAAAUGUGAAGCACAACUUUUUCUUUUCUUUGUGUCUGCCUAAUGCGGGGCAAAACCCUCAAUCUUGUUUGAGUCCCUAAUUAGGCUGUGUUUGCAUUUCUGCAAAUUCAGUGAACCUGUGUCUUUCUCCCCCCCACCACAAAAAAUGCAAUUAGACCGUGUUUCCAUUUCUGAAAACCCACAGUUCUAAUGCAUACACAACCUGCACUGUGCCAGUCGUGUCUAUGCCAAAAUCAUAUACAGUCCCAGGUUCAAUCCACAGUUAAAGGGCCCUUCUAGACAUCUUUUUAUUGUGCAUUAAUUUGUGCUGAAGAUGCCAUCGGAGAGGAGGGGGGGUAGGUGCGGGGAAUGGUCCCAAUCCUACCUGCCUUUUCUCUGCGUGACACUAUUGUGCUGCCCGCUCUCUUAUUUCUGUUUGCUAACUGUAUUCUAAAAUCCAGAUCUAAAAUCCAGAUCUGCAGUUCCCAGAAUAUUUAUGUUGGGGCUCUAUUAAUUAAGUCUGUUUUGAUUUCACUUUAAAAAAACAACCAGUUUCUUUCUAGGAGAAUUAAAAUCUAUUUUAAAUAUUGCAGGAGCAGGUAUUGUAAUAUGAUUAAAAACACUGAACAAUAAUGUAGCAUAUCUGACGGCUUUUUUUUUAAUCCAUGCUAUUAAUCUCUGGGUGGUUCCCUCAUGUUCUGAUAAUCUGUGUGGUUGUUUUUUAACCUUAUUAUCCCACUAGAAUGUGAUGAUUAAUUUUUGUUGU